CCCGCGGGGGCGGCCGCCGGCUCCGGCCUGGGCCCGACCACGCUGGCCACCCGCGUGCUGCUGGGGCAGGACGAGCCCCUCGUCCACGUUUGUGCCAAAAAUCUCGUGACGUUUGUGUCUCAAGAAGCUGGGAACAAACCUGUUCUUCUCGCCAUGGCUCUAAAGGACAAGAGCGUGGAAGGAAUACAGGCUCUCCGGGAAGUGAUCCGAAGUUGCCAAGUGUGGUGAAGUUGUGCCAUCUGGAUUCAAGGAAAUGAUCUUGAGUCCAUGACUCAUCACCACUCUUUUAUAAAAGGACAAAAAAUGAAAAUGAUGGAAUGUCUUUGUGCUGGUUUUGGACACGCUGAGGAAUUUCAUGACUUUUUCUCUACUGUGUAGAACGUUUGUGGGUUUUGUUAUUGUGACAGGUUUGCAGUCCAUACAGCCAGUGAUUAGAUGAGAACAAUUGUCUCAACGUACAAGAGAAAUUUUAUUUUUAUCACAUCAGGUGGGAUGUGUAUUUGGAAAACUGCACAGCUCUGCGUUUGCGUGCUGAUAAGUGCUAGAUUCCAAACUCUGUGACUACGAAACACUGUACUGCAAAGGGGAAACACCCAUAGUGGAAUGAAUAAAAGAAACGUUGAUGAA